GACGACGACACAUUAUUUUUCCACCCUUCACCACAUGAAAAAUCAACUAUUCAUACUUCUUUAAAAUUUCCAAAAUUAUCUUCAAAAACUCGAAGCAAGAAGAGUAAGAAAAGCUCAAAAAGAUUCAUAUGUGAUGGAUCCAUGUCCGUUUGUACGACUCACAAUAGACUCUCUAGCUCUCAGACUACCGGAGACAGCGACCAACAAGCAAGUCGGCGGCGAAGUACAUCCCUCCGCCACGCCGUGUUACUGCAAACUCCGGAUCAAACAUUUCCCUUCUCAGAGAGCUCUCCUCCCUCUCUCCUCCUUCUCCGACGCUUCUUCUCCGCCGGAUUCCUCAACUUCAGCUCCGGGCUUCCACCUAGACGCCGACGCGAUCCGAAGAGUCUCCGGCAAGAAGAUCUCGCUAAGAGUCUCUGUCUACGCCGGCCGUACGGGACACACUUGCGGCGUCGCCUCGGGGAAGCUACUGGGAAGAGUUGAAGUAGCUGUGGAUCUCGCGGCGGCGCUUUCGAGAACCGUCGCGUUCCAUAACGGCUGGAAGAAGCUAGGUGGGGAGGGAGAUAAACCGUCUGCUCGGUUACAUUUAUUGGUCCGUGCUGAACCGGAUCCUCGGUUUGUGUUUCAAUUUGGAGGUGAACCGGAAUGUAGUCCCGUGGUUUAUCAGAUUCAAGGGAAUAUUAAACAGCCUGUCUUCAGCUGCAAAUUUAGUUCCGACCGUAACGGAAGAUCUCGGUCUUUACCUUCGGGAUUCACGUACAGUAGCAGAGGAUGGAUCACGAGAACAUUAUCAGGUGACCAAUGGGAGAAGAAACAAGCGAGAGAGAGAAAAGGUUGGAUGAUAACGAUCCAUGAUUUGUCUGGAUCUCCUGUAGCAGCUGCUUCCAUGAUCACUCCUUUCGUGGCCUCUCCAGGAUCAGACCGUGUCUCUAGAUCCAAUCCAGGCGCGUGGCUUAUCUUACGACCACAUGGGACUUGUGUCAGCAGCUGGAAACCGUGGGGACGGCUCGAGGCAUGGCGUGAGAGAGGAGCCGUUGAUGGAUUGGGUUACAAGUUCGAGCUUGUGACGGAUAACAGUACUAGCACCGGCGUUCCUAUUGCUGAAGGAACAAUGAGCACCAAGCAAGGAGGGAAGUUCAUCAUUGACAGGAGAGUGAGUGGACAGGGAGAGUCGCCGGCAAGAUCAUCGCCGGUGAAAGGGUUUGUAAUGGGAUCGAACGUUGAAGGAGAAGGGAAAGUUAGCAAGCCGGUGGUGCACGUGGGAGCACAACACGUGACUUGCAUGGCGGACGCAGCUCUAUUCGUUGCUCUCUCCGCCGCGGUUGACCUAAGCGUCGACGCAUGUCAGCUCUUCUCUCGUAAGCUCCGCAAGGAACUAUGUCACGACGACCAAAGUUCCCUCUCAUGAAAAAACAGAAGGCUUAAAUGACACAUACACUUUGACUUAACAAAGGCCGAUCCACGAUUACUCUGAUGCUUAAUUUCGGUUUUUAUUGAUUUUCUUGAUCAAUUUGAUAUGUGAAAAAUCAACAUUGAAAGAAAAUGGUAUAGACAACGAUCUUUGUGUUGUCUGUGUCACAUUUAUUUAUUUUAUUUAUUAUUUUUUGUGUGUUUCAGUUGUGUUGAUUAUUCAUUUAUUUCAUUCUUUGAUUAUUUUUAUUUUAAAAAUAGUUUGGUC